ACACUUCAUUCCCACUGUACUAAGAAAAACAUCAAAAAAGCAACGUCUUUCUUCCCAAAUCAUUCCCUUUCUCUCUCUUCUUUUCCACUUUCUCUCUCUUCAUCAUGGAUUCGCCGCCGCCGGAGAUUACGCCAUUAAUUCCGGCAGACAACGUCACUAUGGCGGCUCCACCUGCGCCGUCAUUAGGAGAAGCCGCAGCUUUACCGCCGUCAAACUCGAGUGAUAUUCCUUUAACGCCGUCAUCACUUCCGCCGUCUUCUUCGGGAAUGUCGAAGGAAACGUUGACUGCUUUGAUUGUCGGAAUUGGUCUUGGAGGGUUAAUUGUUCUUAUUGGUGUUGGUAUUUUUGUUUUCUUUUACAAGCGAAGGAAGCGGAAAUUGGCUGAAGAUGAAUUAGUGUUGCCUACUAAAAAUAAUCCUUCUGGUGGACAAGCCCAACAUCACCAACACAAUGGGCCCCAGUCUUUCAAUGGUAUGGUUUAUCAGCAACCUAAAUCAGAUACUAUACAGCCACCACAACCACAAGUUACUGUAGUGCCAAUAACACCUUCAACAAGUGGCAGCUUGGGUUUAGAGUAUCCAGCACAACCCCAUGGGAUGUCAUUGCCCUCAUUGCCAAUAGCAAACGGUACAUUUACAUAUGAGGAACUUGCUUUGGCAACGAAUAAUUUUUCAAGUGCCAAUUUACUUGGUCAAGGGGGUUUUGGAUAUGUCCAUAAAGGAGUCUUGCCUAAUGGCAAAGAGAUUGCAGUCAAGCAGUUGAAAACUGGAAGUGUGCAGGGGGAGCGUGAGUUUCAGGCUGAGGUUGAUACAAUUAGUCGUGUCCAUCAUAGGCAUCUUGUUUCACUUGUUGGACAUUGCAUGUGUGGAGAACAACGAAUGCUUGUGUAUGAAUUCAUCGCGAACAAGACCUUGGAGUUCCAUUUACAUGGAGAAGGAAAACCUCCAAUGAGUUGGGCAACGAGAUUGAAAAUUGCUGUGGGUGCUGCGAAAGGAUUGGCAUAUCUUCAUGAGGACUGUCAUCCAAAAAUCAUUCAUCGAGAUAUCAAGGCAUCGAACAUUCUGAUUGAUGAUGAAUUUGAAGCAAAGGUUGCUGACUUUGGAUUGGCCAAGUAUUCGUUUGACACAGAUACUCAUGUAUCUACCAGGGUUAUGGGAACUUUCGGUUAUCUAGCUCCCGAAUAUGCCUCUAGUGGGAAACUCACUGAGAAGUCUGAUGUCUUUUCCUUUGGGGUCGUGCUUUUGGAAUUGAUUACAGGACGCAGACCUGUUGAUAAAGCUCGUCCUUUUAUGGAUGAUAGCAUGGUUGAAUGGGCAAGGCCAUUACUAACUCAAGCCCUAGAAGGUCGGAGUUUCAAUGAACUUGUGGAUCCCAGACUAGAGGAAUAUAAUUCCGCUGAGAUGGCUCAAAUGGUUGCUUGUGCUGCAGUAUGUGUUCGUAGCUCCGCAAGGAGGCGGCCGCAAAUGAGUCAGGUGGUUAGAGCCCUGGAAGGGAACUUGUCGGCUGAGAAUCUGGUGAAAGAAAUCGGACCUGAUAACAGAACAUUUCACGGAAGUUCAGAUUACGACUCCAGUGCUCAAUACAAAGAGAAUUUAAAGAAAUUCAGGAAACUAGCUCUUGAAAGUCAAGAACAAAGUACUGGUGAGUACAGUGUAUUCACCAAUGAACAUGGUGUGCCCCCGUCAACCUCGAGUACUGAAAAUCAACCUGAUGAUACACAAGAGAUUGAAACCGGGAAAUCCAAAUCAGGCACGAAAGAUGCCCGAGAAAUCCCUGUUGAAUGAAUAGAUUAACAUUUGGAUUUGAUUAGCGUAAGUUUAACUCAUUCUUUAAAUGCUCUAUUUGAGUAAUAUUGGUAUUUACUAUUUAGUAGAGUUAGUGUACAGAGAAGUUUUUGUUGAUCUUAUUUCUGCUAUUUUUAGCAAUGGUCAUUGUAUAUGUUGAGAUACAUCAUACAUGAGCUUGUGACUAAAUAGUGUAUUAUCCCCUAUAUAUUUUUUUUGUCUUUUUUUAUUGACUUAACCCUCCUUGUGUAAAUGAAUUGUUCUAUCCAGUUUUGACAUGAUUAUAAAUUGCUUGUAGAUUUGUAACU